CUCCAAAACCUGUAACCUACGCCUCUAUUCCUACACCUGCAGCACCAAAACCUGUAACCUGCACCUCUAUUCCUACACCUGCAGCAAUAAACCUGUUGUCUUUACCUUUAACCUACACCUCUAUUCCUACACCUGCAGCACCAAAACCUGUAACCUGCACCUCUAUUCCUACACCUGCAGCAAUAAACCUGUUGUCUUCACCUUUAACCUACGCCUCUAUUCCUACACCUGCAGCACCAAAACCUGUAACCUACACCUCUAUUCCUACACCUGCAGCCCCAAAACCUGUAACCUACACCUGCAACCCCAACAUCUCUCCUCACCCUUCUGAAGGUUGA